AGAAAAAUAGUACUAAACGAGAAGAUACUUAUGCUGUGGAUACAAUGGAUCAUGCUGAAGAAAGUCCAGGGCCACUACGACGUCAACUAGGAACAAAACGAAAAUCAUCACCGUUAUUUCAAUCACCUGAAAGAUCUAGUCGUGUCAAAGAUGGACCGACUAUAAGUGCAGAUCUAGUGGAUUAUCUAUACAAAAAAAAUGAAAAACAACUUAUGAUUGGGUCACAUUCACUGACACAAAAACAAAUGAAAGAUCUUGUUGAUAAGUUUACAUGGUUAUCGUCAGAUCAUAUCAAUGCAUAUUUUACAAUACUCAAUUCGGAAUAUGGAGAAUGUGUUUAUGCUUUCUCAACAUAUUUCUAUGCGAAGUUGAUGAAAGGUGACGAAUAUUCAUAUUCACGUGUUAUAAGAUGGACCAAGAAGAUUGAUAUUUUUAAAAAAAAACUUUUAUUUGUUCCAAUAAACAUCAAUGCAUCACAUUGGAUUCUUGCAGUUAUCAUUAUCAAAGAAAGAAAGAUCGAACUAUGGGAUUCUUUGGGAAUAGAAUGGACAGCUAAUAACAAGUUUUACAAAAAGACACCUCAGCUAGAUGAUCAUUCUUGUGGUGUGUUUGUGUGUAUGUUUGCUAAAUUAUUGUCAGCUGGUCUAAAUGAUGAUAAAGUUAUCAAGGAAGCAUUUGAUAUGGAAAAGAUUAAGAAUUUUAGAAUUUUAAUGGCAGAAGAAAUUUUAUAUAGUAGUAAACCAUUUACUGCUGCUAAAGAAUCCUUUGAUCAAGAAGAAAGUGAUUGA